GCCCGCUCCCCAAAUACACCUUGGCGGCGCCGGGGAGCGGCAGCGGCGCCUGCCCAGAGCCCCUCGGUGGGGUUGCGCGGCCGCGGCACCCCCGCGACAUGGGGCACACAUUUUUUCCUGUGAUGAUUUAUAGCUACCAAUAACCUUCCACAGUGGUUGUCUUAUCAACUUACUGUUCUGGCAUCUUCUGGUCUUGCUAGUAAACAAAAGAGAACUAUUUAAGUGCAAAGCCAAGUACUCUUAAUCUCAAGAGAGAGACUUUGUACAGUAUGUUCUGUACAAAACUGAAAGACUUGAAGAUCACAGGGGAAUGUCCUUUCUCCUUACUGACUCAAGGUCACAUUACUGAGGAACAUGACAAGGACUGCACAGAAAACAGUUCUAGAGCAGCACUGCCCAUCUGCAAAGAAGUCCAUGAAAAAGAUGGUCAAGCAAACCUUCCACAAAGGAAAACGAGCCGAAGUAGAGUGUACCUGCACACACUAACUGAAAGCAUCUGCAAACUAAUCUUUCCUGAGUUUGAAAGGCUAAAUCUUGCACUUCAGAGAACACUUGCAAAACACAGAAUUAAAGACACCAGAAUAACUGGGGAUAGUGAAGAUUUUGAAAAAAUUAUCAGUGAUCAUGCUAAUGCAGCAGGUGUUCCCGUGGAGUCUCUACGGGAAUCUCUCGGUGAAGAGCUGUUUAAAAUAUGCUAUGAAGAGGAUGAACACAUAUUAGGGGUUAUUGGAGGGACCCUUAAGGACUUUUUGAACAGUUUCACUACCCUGCUGAAGCAGAGUGGCCACAGCCAAGAAGCAGGAAAAAAGGACAGACUUGAAGAUGCCUCCAUAUUAUGCCUGGAGAAAGACCAGGACUUCUUAAAUGUGUAUUACUUCUUUCCUAAGAAAAUCACAAGUCUUAUUCUGUCUGGUAUAAUUAAAGCAGCAGCUCAUAUUUUGUAUGAAACUGAGGUGGAAGUGAUGCUCAUGCCUCCUUGUUUCCAUAAUGACUGCACUGAAUUUGCUAAUCAGCCUUAUUUGCUGUACUCUAUACAAGUCAAAAGUGCAAAGCCUUCCUUAUCUCCCUGUAAACCACAGUCUUCACUUGUGAUUCCUGCCUCUGUGUUCUGUAAGACCUUCCCAUUUCAUUUUAUGUUUGACAAGGAUAUGUCAGUUCUUCAAAUUGGAAAUGGGAUAAGAAGACUUUUGACCAGGAGAGAAUUUCAAGCUAAGCCCAAUUUUGAAGAAUAUUUUGAAAUUCUUACCCCCAAAGUAAGCUGCACUUUUAGUGGAAUAAUGACAAUGCUAAAUAUGCAGUUUACUGUACGAGUUAGAAGAUGGGACAAUACUGAUAUGAAACCAUCCAUGGUAAUGGAUCUUAAAGGCCAAAUGAUCUAUAUUUUUGAAUCCAGUGCCAUUCUAUUCUUGGGAUCUCCUUGUGUGGAUAGACUAGAAGAUUUUACAGGACGUGGAUUGUACCUCUCAGAUAUUCCCAUUCACAAUGCGUUGAGAGAUGUUGUUCUGAUAGGAGAGCAGGCCAGAGCCCAGGAUGGACUGAAGAAGAGGUUAGGAAAGCUAAAGGCAACCCUUGAGCAGGCCCAUCAAGCACUCGAAGAAGAGAAGAAGAAGACUGUAGAUCUUCUGUUUUCAAUUUUUCCUGGAGAGGUUGCUCAGCAGCUGUGGCAGGGACAAGUUGUACAAGCCAAGAAAUUUAAUAAUGUCACAAUGCUUUUUUCUGAUAUAGUUGGAUUCACUGCCAUCUGUUCCCAAUGCUCACCUAUGCAGGUUAUCACCAUGCUUAAUGAGCUUUAUACUCGCUUUGAUUACCAAUGUGGAGAGCUAGAUGUCUACAAGGUUGAGACUAUUGGAGAUGCCUACUGUGUUGCUGGAGGCUUACACAAAGAAAGUGAAACACAUGCUGUUCAAAUAGCACUGAUGGCCCUGAAGAUGAUGGAACUGUCAGAUGAGGUGGUGUCUCCCCAUGGAGAGCCUAUCAAGAUGCGUAUUGGCCUUCAUUCUGGAUCUGUCUUUGCUGGAGUUGUUGGGGUAAAAAUGCCUCGUUACUGCCUUUUUGGAAAUAAUGUAACCCUUGCCAAUAAGUUUGAAUCUUGCAGUAUACCUAGAAAAAUAAAUGUCAGCCCAACAACUUACAGGUUGUUAAAGGAAUAUCCAGGAUUUGUGUUCACACCCCGCUCAAGAGAAGAGCUUCCACCAAAUUUUCCCAGUGAUAUCCCUGGAAUUUGCUACUUUCUGGAUGCUUAUAUUCAAGGAACAAACUCACAGACUUGGUUUCAAAAGAGAGAUUUGGGAGAUGGCAAUGCCAAUUUUUUGGGUGAGGAAACAGGAAUAGACUAAAUUGUACAUUCAGAAAUGUAUAGAAUAAAUUUAUAAAUAUUUGGAUUUUUUUUUGUAUAAAUUGAAAAUUUUUAAAACUGUAUGAAACAUGCAAGCACUUUAGAUCGUUAACACCUGAAAGCCAGUAUUAAAAUUUCAGCAAGUAUGUCACUGACUACUUUUUAUUUUUCCUUUGCAUAAGGAACAUAGUCACUAAAGUAAUGUUGCAGCUUCACAGUUGGAAAUGCUACUAUAAACUGUAUUUUCCUUGUGGUAAUUUGUUAGUGCUACGUAAUAACUCAGUUCUCUCUGUACUGAGAAUUCUAGAUGUAUUGUAUAUGCAGUUUGUCAGGAAAUGUAAUGUGCAAGUGAUGCAGCCACAUGCAGUGUUGUGAGCUGGUGCUUAUCAAUGACUAUUAAAAUGUAUUUUCUUAGAGAUUCCAUAAGAAAAUGUCCAUUAAAAUAGUGUCAUUGCUAUCACAUACUCCUCCCAGUGCAUCAUUUGGGCCCCAUCCUAGAAGUUGCUGACCAUCUUCUCACACUGACUGGAGUCAAAUUAUGAGGGUGCUCAGCAUUUUCUGGAUCAGGCUGCUAAUUGUAGCUAAUAAACAUGCAUAGCAGAGUUGCCGCUUACUGUUUCAUGAACUUUAUUUUGUGUAUAAAAUUAAUAUAGAUUAAAACACUGUAUAAUCACAUACUAAAGUCUGUAAUCAUCAAACUAUUUUAGUUCUUAGGGUUUUUAAAAUACUUAAAAAUAAAAAUAUCCCCUUGUUAUUAUGUAUUACAGCAAUAAAUGUUUUCUUCUUGUUGUCAUUUAAAUUUGAAAUGUUUUAACAGAAGUAUAAUAAAACAUGAUUUGGAAUGUUUGCUUA